GUAGGCCACGGUGGCGCGGGUGUUAGGCGCGCGGAGGGGGAAGUAUAAAGGAUCCCUGAGGGCGUUGUCAGUCUUCACUAUCCGCCUUACGUUCUCUCGGCAGCGUUUGCUGUAUAUCCCUCCGCUCCCUUCGUCAACUCUCCUUCGCUUUCUCGACGAUGUUGUUCACCAAGGCGCUCUUCACGUUCUUCAGCUUUGCCCUCGCUGUGACGGCGCUCCCCACCUCUGAUAUGGGGGAUGAAGUCGCAGUCAACAACUCUACGCUCGUCGACACGGACAACCUUCACGAGCUCGCCACGGCCGCGAUCAAGGGCAAAGCUACGUUUUACGACCCUAACGGCGGAUACGGCGCGUGUGGCAAGAAGCUGAACAACAACGACAUGAUCGUGGCCCUCUCGUCCGAUCGAUACCAGAAUGGCUCGCAUUGUCACAAGAAGCUCUGGGUGCGAUACAACGGCAAGAAGAUCGCGGUCACGGUCGAGGACCUUUGCCCCGGCUGCCAGAAGAGCAGCCUCGACCUCUCCCGCGGCGCCUUCUCCAAGAUCGCUAACCUCGACCUUGGCAUCAUUGACGUCGAGUGGUGGUUCGACUAGACGCGUUCUCAAUACGCCUGCGGCUCCUCAGGCCACUCUUCUUGGUUUGUACGAUUAUCGCAUAUCUAUUGGGGUGGACCGGCUGUGAGAUAAAAGGGAAGGAUAUUUAUUCGGAACGUCCUGUUGUAUACCCGCUGCACUUGUACUUCUGGAAAUACAUGUGCGCGCCAGCUUUGCAGCAUACCUAUUGAUGGUGUGAGCAGGGUACUGAA